AUGACUCGUCGCGGUGACCCCCUCAAAGCAGCAGAUCUCAACCGCUGCUCCGCCUCCCGAGCAGCCUCUGUUGCUCUCUUGGUCUCGAUCUCUUCUCUCUCCCCAUCUUCCUUGCUUCUCCCUCCACCUCAUCAGGUCAUGACUCGCCGCGGUGACCCCCUCAAAGCAGCCGAUCUCACCCGCUGCUCCUCCCCCUCCCGGGCAGCCUCUGUUGCUCUCUUGGUCUCGAUCUCUUCUCUCUCCCCAUCUUCCUUGCUUCUCCCUCCACCUCAUCAGGUGAUGACUCGCCGCGGUGACCCCCUCAAAGCAGCCGAUCUCAACCGCUGCUCCGCAUCCCGGGCGGCCUCCAUCGUCAUCCUCUCGCCCCAGCUGCCCUCCCGCCAGCAGGCAGACGCUCAGGUGCUGCAAACCGCCAUGGCACUGGCGGUGCUUCCUGAAAUCCAGGGUGACGUGGUUGCUGAGCUGGCAUGCCCCGAGAACACGAUGCUGCUGGGGAAGCUGCACGCGAGUCUCAUGAAGCGACUGGAUAGGGCCAGGCAGCAGCACAUGCUGGGGUCAUCAACCGAGGCUGCUCGCCUUGUCACCCAUGCCGGAACAGCAGCCACUGCCAUCACCACCACCAUACCAUCUCCCUCCGCUGCUACUGCCAGCACUGCCACUGAUGCCACUGGUUCUAAUGGUACUGCUGGUAUUGGUAUUGCCACAAGCACAACAAUCCCUACAGGUGCUGCCUCCGCUACCACCGGCCACGCCACGCCGGCCAGGACCGCCACGCGUGGUUUGUCCUCUUCUGCGGGGCAGAGGCGGCGCAAGCUGGUGCCUGUGGAGACGGGCGGCAUGGCUCUGAGACGGCUGGUGGAUCUGGCACUACAGCCGGCCGGCAGUGCUGUAGCGGCUGAGCUGCUGCGAUUCAAGGGGGCGGAGUUUCACUUCAAGGAAUGGAAGGAGCUUGAGGGGCGUACGUUUGCCGAGGCUGUGUUUAUGUUUGAGGAUGCUGUGCCAUGUGGCGUGCAGCAGUUGGUGGGCACGGAGGACGAGAGGACUCUCAUCAACCCUCCUGGUGACACCGUGAUUGAGCCCGGGGACCGUCUGCUGGUCAUCGCUGAGUCAGCAGGCAGCUACGCGCCACGUAGGCCGACCGCUGAGUCAGCAAAGGAGCGCGAGCUGGCGGAGAAGCGGCUGGCGUCGUUUGCGACGCCGUGGCACUACGACAGCCUGCCACGUGGCAACGUGCGGCGCCGCCACAACGUGCUGAUUGCGGGCGAAUGGAGGGAUGACGUGGCAGAGGCCCUCCUUCUACUCGGUGCCAAGCUGGCUCCCCGCAGUCAGGUGGCAGUAAUGGUCGACUCCCCUUCCUUCGCAGCAGCACAGCAGCGGCUCAACCCCUUCAUCAAGUCAGGCAGCCUCAACCUUAACCUGUCACUGUACCAUGGGCAUUUGGGUUCAAUGGCUGAUUUGGAAAAGGUCCCUCUAGAGGCCUUUGACACUGUUAUUGUGCUCGCCCCUUGCUCUCACCACCAGCCGCCCCCCGACCAGCCGCAAAUGCGCGACGACGAAGGGGGGGCGGAGCGCGGGGAGGGCACCAGCAGCAGGAGCGGUGGUGCGGGGGGUGAAGGGGGAGAGGGAGUGCUGAUGCCGUCUGCUUCGGUAACUGCUAUGAUGAUUCGGACGAUUCAGAGGGAGCGGGGACUGACUGCCAUGGACCCAGAUGUCGGCGGCGUAUUGGACGAGAUCGUGAGCGGGUCGGGCUCGUCGCUCUCUCUGGAGGAUGCCACCUCGUUCCUCGUGGACGGGGAAGCCCUCUCCUUCUUCGACCUGCAGAGCCGGGUUCUGCGUCGGCGGAAGCUGAUGAUUGCAUACAACUGUGCUAAUAACGGGGGCAAGUGGCAGCUGAAUCCCCAAGACAAGAACAAGCCUCUGGUGGAUUUUAUCCGUUUUUUGCCGAGGAUCUUCCGCAUGGCGGUUGUGGCGGCGGCAGUCACGGCGCGGUCCCCGUCGUCCGCGUCGGCAUCAGGCGCUUCGGCGGGAUGGCUGUGGCCGUUGAUCGGAACGGCGGCGUCGAUCGCCUUCGCGUCCGCCUUCUCGCUCACUCUCCGCAUCUUGCGGGGACUCUCUGCGUCGCGCACCCUCGCGCUGCAUCCUCCGCAGGCCAUUCUCGUGCUAGGAGGGAAUCGCUACAGGGAACGGCUGGCUGGGAGAUUCGCAGCCCUGCUGGCUGCCCCAUACCAGCCCGUGACUGGGAAUUUGAGCAGUGUCAUCAGCACCAGCAGUAACUCUGGGUUGACUCAAGAUAGAGGCACUGGCAAUGCGGAUAAUAUCAGCAGCAGCGGCAGUGGCAGCGGCGGCGGUGGUGGCGGUGGUAGCAGUGCUGCUGCUAGUGGGAGCGGUGCGGUUGCUGCAUGCCUAGCAUUUGAUCCUAUUUUCACCUCCUCUCCCAAGCCUCUAGCCCACGGCACACUCGACUCCCUCCCUCCCGCGCACGCUGCAGCAACUGGGAAGCUUCCGGUGUUCAUCUCGUCAGGAAAUGACGACGCUGCUGACGUCAUGAUGCGGGAGGGAGUGCCUGCUGGGCGGUUACGGGUGGAUAACCACGCGCUGGACACGGUUACCAACUUCACGACAAUGUUACGCACUAACGCUUCCGAGUAA